GAACAGCGUAGGCUCGCAUCAAGUAGUGCCUCGAGACCGAGCCCACGGAGCCCACGGAUUCCUCGACACGGUCUCGUGCGUGCGGCCGGGCUGGCGGUGCCGGCCGGUCAGGCACGGUCGCUCGUUAAAUGCAUGCAAACUGUACAAACGAACAACAACGCUACUGGGGGGGGGGACUCUACCUGAAACUCGGGAGCAAUGGAGCAAUGGCAGCCAGAGCUCAGGCUUCAGAGCCUCAGAGCUCGAUUGCGCCUGCCAGAGCGCACCAUCGACACAGAACCCUAAACCCUUGCGCGAGUCCUAGGCUGCGUCCGAGGGUCUCGGCCGUGCGAGGAAGCCAACAUUCUCACGCUUCCCCGCUCCAAAUGUCCCUCUUCUGUCACCUUGUCAUUUAAGUCCCUACCUCGUCCUGCCUGCCGCUGCUACUCGGGACUGUGCGAUCGGAUCAGGCAGGCAUGGCAGAUGUCUCUGGUCGAUUCUUUUUCCAGGUGUGGGCCAUCGAAUUUCCUUGCUUGUGGACUGGUCCAGACGCAGCGUGUAAUGCGAGUGCAAGUCUAUCCACGAGCGAGUUUCUUUCGCAGGGUCCCGAGAAGUCUUCCAGACGACCCUUCGCCUAAGGUUCGUAGAAAGCUCUAUCCUGAGGACUGUCGGACGAUACGCGAGUACGACCGCCAUAACACCAACCGCAGAUUUGAACGAGAUUCAAUCGGAUAGAUUUGACAAUCAAAGCGGUGUAGGCAUUGUUGCAGUGGUAGGCAGGCAGCUUUGAACAACCUACGGGACAAGAUGGUUCUGAACAUCUGAUACUACGAACGCUUUAAUGGCAUUAAUUCGAAGACAGAUUUCCCAUACUAAAUCGG